AUGGCUCCAUCAGCAACCACAACCCAAGAUCUCGCCAUCCACCCUUCAACCACCAUCAAAGACCUGGUUUCCCCCCUAAAAACAAGCCUACCGAUCCCCUCAAACACAAGAGCGAGAUUGGAAAAAGCCGGUAUUGAUCUCUCGGAUGGUUAUCCUACGCGUCCAGGACGUCCUUUAUAUCUGCAAGAUGUCCUCGCCAUCCGCAAUACCCCACGCGAGCAUCACGAUGCCGGAUCCCGCGCCGAUAAAACCAAGAAAAACCUCCUGGAAACUAUCCACAAGAAUAAUGGGAAGAUCGUGGAUUUGACUAAGAAUAUCGGGACGGAAAUAUCGGGUCUUCGUCUUGAUGAAUUGACGGAUGAGCAGAAAGAUGAAUUGGCUUUGUUGGUAGCGGAGAGAAGUGUCGUGUUUUUGAGGGGGCAAGAGGGGUUGAGUCCGAGGGUUCAGAGGGAAUUAGGUACUUGGUGGGGAGAGGUCGAGGUUCAUCCACAAGUACCGCAUGUACCAGGACUACCCGGCGUCACGGUGAUUUGGCCAGCGUUGCAAGCGAGUGAGAAAUCAGGAAAGCCGAAUUUCCGAAAUCCAGGCGGUGCGAGUCGAUGGCACUCAGAUUUGGUGCAUGAACUUCACCCUGCAGGAUUAACCCACUUGCACAAUGACACUGUUCCAGAAGUCGGAGGCGACACACUCUGGGCAUCGGGUUAUGCAGCCUACAGUAAAUUGUCCCCCGAAUUUCGCAAAUUUAUCGACGGGAAACAAGCCAUUUAUGUCUCGGCACAUACAUAUCUCGAUCGGGAUGAUCCGACUGCUGGUCCAAAACAUGUCGAACGAGCACAUCCUAUUGUGCGUGUUCAUCCAGUUACAGGAUGGAAGACAUUGUGGGUGAAUAGAGCGAUGACGAAGUCGAUUGUCGGAUUGGACAAGGCGGAAAGUGAUUUGAUUCUGGGGUAUUUGUAUGAUGUUUUUGAGAAGAAUGUGGAUAUUCAGGAUAAUAGAAGUACAAUUCAUAACGCGAGUUGGGAUUAUGAGGGGACGGAAGAGAGACAUGGGACGAGAGUUACGAGUUUGGCAGAGAAACCUUAUUAUGAGGAGGGAGCAAAGUCGAGAAGAGAAGCUUUGGGUCUGAACGAUGAAUAG